AGCGUAAACGCCUUGCAUCAAAUUACCUGAAUGACUUCACUCUUCCUGUCAGUGAGAGCCACUGAGGACUACAGAUGGAAGGAAGAGCUGGAGCACGACGACCACUGCUCCGUGUGUAAGGGGGACGGAGAGCUGCAGCUGUGCCACAACUGCCCCAGAGCCUACCACCCUGACUGCCUGCACCCACCUCUCAAAACACCGCCCCGGGGGGUCUGGGUUUGCACCAAGUGUCAGAAGAAGGUUCUGAACAAAGAGAACAUGUCGUGGCCACAGAACUUUGUCCAGUCCUAUGUGACCCACAAGACGGUGAGAGAGGGGGAGAAGAGGAGUCUGCUGAGGAGGAAUGUAGAGCUGAAGAGGGAGUGUGCUCACCUGGAGGAACAGGAUCAGCAGCUCAGCAAGUCCCUCACGGUAUGACCUCUGACCUCUGACCUCUGACCCACUCACAACACAGUACAGCAGGACCAGCAACUCAGCAAGUCCCUCACGGUAUGACCUCUGACCCACUCACAACACAGUACAGCAGGACCAGCAACUCAGCAAGUCCCUCACGGUAUGACCUCUGACCUCUGACCCACUCACAACACAGUACAGCAGGACCAGCAACUCAGCAAGUCCCUCACGGUAUGACCUCUGACCCCUGAAACACUCACAACACGGUAUAGCAGGACCAACAAGUCCCUCACAAUAUGACCUCUGACCUACUCACAACACUGUACAGCAGGACCAACAAGUCCCUCACAGUAUGACCUCUGACCCCGACACACUCACAACAC